AUGAGUGUAGUUCUAGCCCGUGUCUACAAGGCUCUUGCAUCGAUAGGAUUAACGGCUUUACGUGCUUUUGCAGCGAUGGAUUCAUGGGCACAAGAUGUGAUUCAAGUAGAUAUCAACGAGUGUGCUUCUGAACCGUGUCAAUAUGGGGGCUUGUGUGUGGAUCUGAUUAACUCCUAUACGUGUAAUUGCAACGAUGGAUUCACGGGCACAAACUGUGAAACAAAUAUCAACGAAUGUAUUUCUAGCCCGUGUCUACAAGGAACUUGCAUGGAUAGGAUUAACGGCUUUACGUGCUUUUGCAGUGUUGGAGACAUGGGCACAAAUUGUGAAUUAAAUAUCAACGAGUGCAUUUCUGAGCCGUGUCAAUACGGAGGCUUGUGUGUGGAUCUAAAUAACUCUUAUACGUGCAAUUGCAACGAUGGAUUCACGGGCACAAACUGUGAAACAGAUAUCAACGAGUGUAAUUCUAGCCCGUGUCUACAAGGCUCUUGCAUCGAUCAGAUUAACGGCUUUAAGUGCUUUUGCAGCGAUGGAUUCAUGGGCACAAACUGUGAAACAAAUAUCAACGAGUGUAGUUCUAGCCCGUGUCUACAAGGCUCUUGCAUCGAUCAGAUUAACGGCUUUACGUGCUUUUGCAGCGAUGGAUUGACGGGCACAAGAUGUGAAUUAGAUAUCAACAAGUGUAGUUCUAACCCGUGUCUACAAGGCUCUUGCAUCGAUCAGAUAAACAGCUUUACGUGUUUUUGCAGAGAUGGAUUCAUGGGCACAAGAUGUGAAUUAGAUAUCAACGAGUGCAUUUCUGAACCGUGUCAAUAUGGAGGCUCGUGUGUGGAUCUGAUUAACUCCUAUACGUGCAAUUGCAACGAUGGAUUCUUGGGCACAAACUGUGAAUCAAAUAUCAACGAGUGCAGUUCUAACCCGUGUCUACAUGGCUCUUGCAUCGAUCGGAUUAACGGCUUUACGUGCUUUUGCAGCGAUGGAUUCAUGGGCACAAAUUGUGAAUUAAAUAUCAACGAAUGUGCUUCUGAACCGUGUCAAUAUGGGGGCUUGUGUUCGGAUAUGAUUAACUCCUAUACGUGCAAUUGUAACGAUGGAUUUACGGGCACAAACUGUGAAACAAAUAUCAACGAGUGUAGUUCUAGCCCGUGUCUACAAGGCUCUUGCAUCGAUCAGAUUAACGAUUUUACGUGCAAUUGCACUGAUGGAUUCAUGGGCACAAGAUGUGAAUUAGAUAUCAACGAGUGUAGUUCUAGCCCGUGUCUACAAGGCUCUUGCAUCGAUCGGAUUAACGGCUUUACGUGCUUUUGCAACGAAGGAUUUAUGGGUACAAGAUGUGAAAUAAAUAUCAGCGAGUGUAGUUCUAGCCCGUGUCUACAAGGCUCUUGCAUCGAUCAGAUUAACGGCUUUACGUGCUUUUGCAGCGAUGGAUUCAUGGGCACAAGAUGUGAAAUAGAUAUCAACGAGUGCAUUUCUGAACCGUGUCAAUAUGAAGGCUUGUGUUUGGAUCUAAAUAACUCCUAUACGUGCAAUUGCAGCGAUGGAUUGACGGGCACAAACUGUGAAACAAAUAUCAACGAGUGCAUUUCUGAACCGUGUCAAUAUGGAGGCUUUUGCUUAGAUCUGAUUAACUCCUAUACCUGCAAUUGCAACGAUGGAUUCACGGGCACAAACUGUGAAACAAAUAUCAACGAGUGUAUUUCUAGCCCGUGUCUACAAGGCUCUUGCAUCGAUCAGAUUAACGGCUUUAAGUGCAAUUGCAGCGAUGGAUUCAUGGGCACAAGAUGUGAAUUAAGAACUAUAGCUUGUGGAGAUUUCUACUGCGUGUACGGCGAUUGUGUCGAUGUCGGAUCCUGUGUAUGUAAUCCUGAGUAUUUGGGAAGGUCCUGUGAUAUCAAACGCACAUGUUCGAACGUCACGAUGGAAACUGAAUUCGGACAGGCCAGACUUCCGAUGACUGAAGUUGGAAUCGUUAUUGACUCGGAAGAACUGUGCCCAGAGGAAGAUUCUGAAGGCCUUGCUGCACCAAUUAUAAGAGCUGUUUGUCAAGUUUCUAAUAACGGCACAACUUCUUGGAACGCCAGCAUAAGAUGUCAAGAUUAUGUCACGCGACAAUUAAAGAGAAAAUUAAUGGCAAGUUUCACCAUGAUUACUUUAGAUGCUCUUUAA